AUGAAUGUGAAGAAGAAAACUAAACAGUGUUAUGAUGAAGAUGAUAGAGCUGAUGGGAGAUUCAGAGACAGACUGCAGGUGGAUAUUCAGACUGUAUCUCUCAUCAUCACAGACAUCAGAAUCACACACUCUGGACUUUAUGUGAUAACAGUCAGCAGCCAAAGGAGACCACUCAAGAUAUUCAACAUCACUGUCUGUGUGUUUGCUACUGAAUCUGUGUCAGUGACUGAAGGAGAUUCUGUGUCUCUGUCUGUGAGUCUGACUUUAGAACAGAGAGGAAAUAAAAUCAUGUGGAGAUUUGGACCCACAGAAGUUAUCAUAGCUGAAAUGAAUGUGAAGAAUAAUACUAAACAGUGUUAUGAUGAUAGAGCUGAUGGGAGAUUCAGAGACAGACUGAAGCUGGAUGUUCAGAGCGUAUCUCUCAUCAUCACAGACAUCAGAAUCACACACUCUGGACUUUAUAACAUCACCAUCAGCAGACAAGAGAUGCCACUCAAGAGAUUCAACAUCACUGUCUAUCCUCGUCUGCCUGUUCCUGUCAUCUCCAGAGUCUCUUCACAAUGUUCUUCAUCAUCAUGUUGUUGUGUGUUGUGUUCAGUGAUGAAUGUGUCACAUGUGAGUGUCUCCUGGUACAAAGGAAAGAGUUUCUUGUCCAGCAUCAGUGUGUCUGAACACAGAGACAUCAUCAGCAUCUCGCUUCAUCUGGAGUGUCUGGAUGAUUCUUACACAUGUGUGCUGAACAAUUCCAUCACAAACCAGACUCAACAUCUCAACACUGAUGUCUGUCACAAGUGUUCAGCUCCUUCCGCAGAAUUUUACUGCUGUUGUGGUUUUACUGAAGUUGUGAUCCGAUUGGUCGUCUCUGCUCUGGUGGGCGUGGCUGCUGUUGCUGUUCUGGUUUAUGAUAUUAGAUCCAGAAGAGAUGAACAGAAGAAGAGAUCAGACACUCAGUUAAAUGACAAAUGAAUGUGUAAUUCUGUCAUCAGGAUGAUGAGGAGAUGAAGUGACAGCAGUUUACAGUCAGUCUUCAUUGUGCUGAACAUGAAAAUAAAUCAUUCAAAACACAACCACACAAAACCUCUUCAGUUACAUGCUUAUCUGUUUAUAUCUGUAUAUCUCAAGUAUAUAUUUGCUUCUGCUUUAAUAUUGUGGUUUGAAUUUG